AGGAACCGCAACACCGAGGGCCAUAUGUCUGUAUUACUGCCAUGGUAGUUACAGAAGGAGGAGACCAUAGGCUGCUGACGAGUAACAUCUCACAGUAACAGAGCUUUAUUGAAGAGGUAGACCAAGCUACUAAGAAUCCUUGCCCCAUCACAAGAGAGCCCAAUCACCUCAGCCCAUCACCUGUAGGCUGGGUCUACGACCCACUGGGGAUCCAUGGUGGUUGGGUCAUGUCUGAUGGAGGAGAAGUCAUCCUUGGCUUCGGGGAAGCAAGUAUAUUUAGAGCUGGUUCCAUGCUGAGUAGUGCUCCUAGCAUCACUAUCUGUCAAGUGCAUUACCCAUUUGUUUCUACCAUUUUUACCCCUCACCUGCCAAUCUCCUUUGGGCCAUGUGACAGCUGCUGAGUAUCUGUUGGUUUAAUGUCGGUGUGUGUGUGUGUCUCUCUCUCACCUUUCCAGGCAACUUUUGCGAGAGCAAAGCCAUGGUUGAGGGAAUUAGAGAAGGAAUUUCUUCCCAAUGAGCUCGUGAUUGUUUUAGUCGGCAAUAAGAUAGAUCUUGCUGCUCAGCGGGAAUUCACCUUUGAGGAGGCGGAGGAGUUUGCAAAGAGUGAAAGCUUAACCUACAUGGAAACGUCGGCAAAAUCCAACCACCAAGUGACCGAGGUGCUUGUGGCCAUAGGUCAGUUCCAAGUGAGAAGCCGCUGGACAGCUCCCGAGUUAUUGAAAUAGGAACAACAGAAGGAACCAGCCCCUCAGCCUCAGCCCUGGAAGAAGUCACGCGUGGACCUGCGAGAGCCAAGCAAUCAGACUAAGAAGUGUUGCAUGAACUAAAGGAAAUGGCAGACUGACCUAAGGU